AUGAGCCAAUCCGGACUGGACAGCAACAGCCUGGCGCGGGUUGCCCCUUGGCCAAUGGAGGCCAAGUUGCGAACCGGCGAGGACACUGGCCCCCCAAAUAGGAAGAGGCAGAUCUGGCUCAGAUCCAAUUCAGAUGAGAUGGGCCCGCCCUCCGAUGGAACCUUCUCGGUUUCUCCUACGCCCAGUGCACUCCUACCUAACUUCCAACCAGUCACGCUGUCGGCCCCCCUCGUCGCCGGCCUGCCCCCGCUCACCGAAGACGCAUCGCAAUUUUGGGACGUGAAGGAUUCGGUGACUCCGGUCAGGGCGACAUUUUGUCGGAACCCAAGACAUUGA